AUGGAUUCUAACCAUAUUUGUCUUUUGAUUUUAGUGACUCUAUCGAGUGCUUUGAGCAGUGAAGGAUUUGGGACUUUCGGGUUUGAUAUACACCCAAGGUAUUCGGAUCCUGUUAAAGAUUUUUUGAACAUUGAUGGGUUGCCGGAAAAGGGUUCACUCGAUUACUACGCCGCCAUGGCCCACCGCGAUCAGCUCAUCAAGGCUCACCGCCUCGCCGUCACCCCAGCUGAUUCCACCCACCUCAGUUUCAUCGGUAGCAACGAGACUUACAGACUCAGUUCUCUCGGAUUCUUGCAUUAUGCAAUUGUUACUGUAGGCACCCCUGCUUUAACAUUUAUUGUGGCACUUGACACCGGCAGCAAUCUGUUCUGGUUACCAUGUGAUUGUACCAGCUGUGCACGUAGCUUGAACACAACCUCGGGAAAGCCUUUAAAACUGAAUAUAUACAGCCCUAGUAAGUCAUCGACAAGCGUACCUGUUCCGUGCAACAGUACUGCAUGUGGAGAGGAAAGACGAUGCUCAGUCACACAUAAGGCUUGUGCUUAUCAAGCAGUGUAUCUUUCCGGCAACACCUCAACUAGUGGGAUAUUGGUGGAUGAUGUUUUGCACUUGGCUACAGAUGAUAGUCAAGAAAAAGUCGUUGAUGCCCCGAUUACAUUAGGCUGUGGAAUUAUUCAAACUGGUGAUUUUUUGAUUGGUGCGGCUCCUAAUGGUCUAUUUGGGCUUGGUAUGGAUAGCUUAUCCAUCCCUAGCAUUCUAGCGAGCAAAGGGCUUGCAGCAAAUUCUUUCUCCAUGUGUUUCGGUCCUGAUGGAAUUGGAAGAAUGGUUUUUGGUGACAAAGGGACUCCAGCCCAGAAAACAACACCAUUCAAUCUUCAACAAUCACACACAACUUAUAAUAUCACUGUGACACAAAUAAUUGUGGGAGAGAACACUACGAAUCUUGAGUUUACAGCAAUCUUCGACUCGGGCACCUCAUUUACAUACUUGAAUGCGAGUUACUCAUUUAUUGCUAAGGGGUUUGAUUCUCAAGUAUCCGAGCCACGUUAUCAACCGGAAACCCAGAUCAUUUUUGACUAUUGCUAUGAAUUGAGUGCAAACCAAGAAAGCUUCAACACUCCUGAUUUGAACUUGACUAUGAAAGGCGGAGACCAAUUUUAUGUUAAGGCACCAAUAAUUGUAAUUCCUCGCCAGGGUGGAUAUGCAUACUGUUUGGCUAUUGUCAAAAGCCAAGAUAUUGACAUCAUUGGACAGAAUUUUAUGACUGGCUACCGCAUAGUUUUUGAUCGUGAGGAAAUGGUUUUGGGCUGGACAGAUUCCGACUGUUAUGAUUCCAAUCCAUCCAAGAAUGUAUCAAAUAUUCUACCAGUAAACAAGAAUAACUCGGCCGAAGCUCCUUCACCUUCUAUUUUGGACCCACAAGACACAAUUGGGAAUAAAACUCAUUCUCCAGAUUCAGCUCCUCCACCAUCGUCCCCAACUGUUCCGACCCGACCACUUAUUGGAAACAGUGCAACCCGCUUGACUUCCAUUUCAUGCAAGCUUGUGAUGGCCAUUUUUAUCCAUUAUUUGAUCAUUCAUUUUUCUUGA